AAAUCCCAGGAGGCUCAGUACCAGCUGUGGUCCGGGCCUUGCCCACUUCGGAGAGGCCACGACCCAAGGCAUCCGGUUUCCUCUCGCUCCAGUCUAACUUCCGCGCAUCUACGAGGGCUGGGACUGCCGCUACCUUUCUGGAAGGCGCCGGCCGGCCAGUCCCCGGAGGGAUCCCGCCAGAGGCGGCUCCGCGUCUCCAGCAGCGGGGCAGGGACCCGGGCGCCCCGCCCUCGCCAGCGCCCGCCCCCGCCCGCCCCCGGCCCGCCCUCCGUAUCUGGCCCCUGGGCAGCUGCCCGGGGAGGCGGCCGGCGAGCUGGGGCCGCGCAAUGUCGCACGGAGCCGGGCUCGUCCGCACCACGUGCAGCAGCGGCAGCGCGCUCGGACCCGGGGCCGGCGCGGCCCAGCCCAGCGCGAGCCCCUUGGAGGGGCUGCUGGACCUCAGCUACCCCCGCACCCACGCGGCCCUGCUGAAAGUGGCGCAGAUGGUCACCCUGCUGAUUGCCUUCAUCUGCGUGCGGAGCUCCCUGUGGACCAACUACAGCGCCUACAGCUACUUUGAAGUGGUCACCAUUUGCGACUUGAUAAUGAUCCUCGCCUUUUACCUGGUCCACCUCUUCCGCUUCUACCGUGUGCUCACCUGUAUCAGCUGGCCCCUGUCGAGACAGGGUCUCACUCUGUCACCCAGGCUAGAGUGCAGUGACGUGAGCACGACUUACUGCGGCCUCAACCUCCCAGGCUCAGGUGAUCUUCCCACCUCAGCCUCCCGAGUAGCUGAGACUACAGGUGCAUGCCACCACACCUGGAUAAUUUUUGUGUUUUUUUUUACAGAGAUGAGGUUUCACUGUGUUGCCCAGGCUGGUUUCAAACUCCUGGCCUUAAGCAAUCCUCCCACUUUGGCCUCCCAAAGUGCUGGGAUUACAGGCAUGAGCCACCAUGCCAGCCUUUUUAUAACCAAAUAUUAUUCCAUUGUGUGGAUAGACCAGACUGCAUUUUGUUUUUCAUUCAUCUUCAGUGGACCUUUGGGUUGUUUUUACCUUUUGGCUAUUAUGAAUAAUGCAGCUGCUAUGAGCAUUCAUAUACAAGUUUUUUGUGUGGACAUAUUUUCAUUUUUCUCUGGUAUGUAUCUAGGAGGGGAAUUACUGAGUCAUAUGGUCACUUUGUGUUUAAUUGUUUGAGGAACUGCCAGACUGUAUGCCAAAGUGGCUCACUGUUUUACAUUCCCACCAGGAGUGUAUGAAGGUUCCAAUUUCACAACAUCUUUGCCAACACUUAUUAUCUGACUUUCUGAUUCCAGCCAUUCUAGUGAGUGUAAAGUGUUAUUUCCUGUGGUUUUGAUUUUCAUUUCUCCAGUGACUAAUGAUGUUAAUCAUCUUUUCAUGUGCUUUUGGCCAUUUGUAUAUUUUCUUUGAAGAAAUGUCUAUUCAAGUCCUUUGCCUAUUUUUUAAUUAGGUUAUUUGUCUUUUCAUUAUUGAGUUGUGAGAAUUCCUUCUAUAGUCUGGAUAAAAGUCCCUUAUCAGCUAUAUGACUUGAAAAUAUUUUCUCCCAUUCUGUUGUUUUUCACUUUUUUGAUGGUGUCCUUUAAAGCACGUUUUUAAUUUUGAUAAAUUUAGUUUAUUUUUUUUCUUUUUUAGCUCACGCUUUUCUUAUAUAUAAGAAGCCAUUGCCAAAUUCAGAUUGUGAAAAUUUACUUCCAUGUUUUCUUCCAAGAGUUUUAUAGUUUUAGUUUAUACAUUUAGGUAUUUGAUCCAUUUUGAGUUAAUGUUUUUUGCAUAGGGUGUGAGGUAAGGGUUCAAUUUCAUUCUAUUGCAUGUAGAUAUCCAAUUAUCCCAGCAUCAUAUGUUGAAAAGACUAUUCUUUCCCCCAUUGAAUGGCAUUGGCACCCUUGUUGAAAUCAGUUGACCAUUAAAUACAUGGAUUUAGUUCUGGACUCUCAAUUCUAUUCCAUUGAUCUAUAUGUCUGUCGUUAUGCCAUUAUCACACUAUUUUGAUUACUGUAGCCUUGUAGUAAGUUGUAAAACUAGCAAAUAUGCAGCCUCCCAAUUAUUCUUCUUUUUUAGGAUUGAUUUGGAUCGUUACAAUUCCAUGUGAAUUUUAGAAUUGGGUUUUCAAUUUCUACAAAAAUCAGCUGGGAUUAUAAUAGGAAUUAUGUUGAAUCCAUAGAUCAAUUUGGAGAAUAUUGCUAUCCUAAUAAUAUUAAGUCUUAUCCAUGAACAUGGGAAGUUUUUCCGUUUUUUUAGAUAAUCUGUUAUUUCUUUCAGUGUUUUGUAGUUUUCAGAGUAAAAGUGUUUUUUGUUUGUUGCUUUGUUUGAAACAGGUUCUUGCUCUGUUACCCAGGCUGGAGUGCAGUGGCAAGAUCAUAGCUCCCUGCAUCCUCAAACUCCUGGGCUCAAGAAAUCCUCUUGCCUCAGCCUCCCAAAAUGCUGGGACUACAGGCAUGAGCCACUGUGCCUGGCCUGAACUUUUUAAAUUAAAUUUGUGUCUGAGCAUUUUAUUCUUUUUGAUGCUAUUUUAAAUCAAUUUUUUUCUUAAUUUUAUUUCCAGAUUGUUCAUUGCAAGUGCAUAGGAAUCCAAUUACUUUUUGCAUAUUGAUUUGUGUCCUCAACUGUGCUGAACUACUUAGUAGUUCUAAUAUAUUUUUCUAAUAUAUUUUUAGUGGAUUCCAUAGGAUAUUCUAUAAACAUGAUCUGCAAAUAGAGAUAUUUUUACUUCUUCCUUUAUAAUCUGGAUGCCAUUUAUUUCAUUGUCUUGCCUUAUUGCAAGAAAUUAGUUGACUAAAUUAGACAAAUAUUGAAUAGAAAUGGCAGAGCAGCCAUCAUUAUCUUUUUCCUGAUGUUAGGAGGAAAGCAUUCCUUCUUUCAUCAUUAAAUAUAACAUUGGGUGUGAGUGUUUUGUAGAAGCCCUUUAUCAAGUUGAAGAAGUUCCCUUCUGGCAUUACUUUGUUGAGUGUUUUUAUCAUAAAAGAGUAUUAGAUUUUGUCAAAUGCUUUUUCCAUAUCUACUGAGGUGAUGAGUUUUUCUCCCAUUAUUAGUAUGGUGUCUUACAUUGUUUUUUGUUUUUUUUUGUUUUGUUUUUUUAGACAGGAUCUUGGUCUGUCAUCCAGGCUGGAGUGCAGUGGUAUAAUUAUGGCUCACUGCAGCCUUUAUUUCUCAGGCUCAAGCGAUCCUCCCACCUCAGCCUCUUGAGUAGCUGGGACCACAAGUGUGCACCACCAUGCCUGGCUAAUUUUUUUUUUUUUGUUUUUGGUAGAGAUAAGGUCUCCCUAUGUUGCCCAGGCUGGUCUUGAACUCUUGGGCUCAAGUGAUCCUCCUUCCUCGGCCUCCAAAAGUGUGGCGAUUACAGGCAUGAGCCCCCACACCUGGCCUGGUUUGUUUGUAUAUGUUGGGCCAACCUUGCAUUCCUGGGGUAAAUUCCAUUUGGCCAUAAUGUAUAACCCAUUUUAUAUGCUGGUAUAUUCAGUUUGCUAAUAUUUUGUUGAGGAUUUUUUGCAUCUGUAUUUAAAAGAGAUAUUGGUCUGUAGUUCUCUUUUUUUCUGAUGUCCAUCUGGUUCUGGUAUCAAGGUAAUACUGGCCUCACAGAAUAAUUUAGGAAAUAUUCCCUCCUUUUUUAUCUUUUGAAAGAGUUUGUGCAGAAUUGGUAUUAAUUAUUCCUUAACUAUUUGGUAGAAUUUAGCAGUGACACCAUCUGGGUCUCAGCUUUUCUUGUGGGUAAUUUUUUUUAUUGUUAAUUCGAACUCUAAUUUUACCAUCUUUUCAGAUUGUAUCAUUUAUUCUGGAGUCAAUUUUAGUAGUAUAUAUGUCUAGGAAUUUGUCCAUUUCAUCUAAGUCAUUGAAUUUAUUGGCAUGCAAUUGUUUAUUGUAUUUCUUACAUUCUUUUUAUUUCUGUAAGUGCAGUAGUAAUGUUUCCUCUUUCAUUUGCAUCUUCUCUCUUUCUCUUUGAUCAGUCUAGCUGAAGAUUUGUCAAUCUUGUUGAUCUUUUCAAGAACCAGUUUUUGGUUUCAUUGAUUUUUUUAUUGUUUUCCUAUUAUCUUAAUAAAUUUUGCUUUAAUCUUUAUUAUUUUCUUUCCUCUGCUUGCCUUAGGUUUAGUUUGAUCUUCUUUUCCUAGUGUCUUAAUGUAAAAUAUAGUUUGGAUAUCUGUCCCCUCCAUAUCUCAUGUUAAAAUUUGAUUCCCAGUGUUGGAGGUGGGGCCUAGUGGGAGGUGUUUGGAUCAUGGGGGCAGAUCCCUUAUGAAUGACUUGCUGCUGUUCUAGUGGUAAUAAGUGAGUUCUUGCUCUGUUAGUUCCCAUGAGAACUGAUUAUUAAAGAGAGGCUGGCACCUUCCUCCCCUCUCUCUUGCUUCCUUCCUCUUGGCUGUGUGAUGCCUGCUCACCUUCACCUUUGCUUCAGAAAGUAGAAGCUCCCUGAAGCCCUCACCAGAAGCAGAUACAGGUGCCAUGCUUCUUGUACAGCCUACAGAACCAUGAGGCAAAUAAACCUCUUUUCUUUAUUUAUUGCCCAACCUUGGGUAUUCCUUUAUUAAAACAACGCAAAACAGACUAAGAUGAUGUGGAAGGUCAUCAUCUAAUUUGAGACCUUCCUUCUCCUUUAAUAUUGGCAUUUACAGCUAUAAAUCUCCCCCGAUAACUGUUUUACUUGUAUUCCAUAAUUUUGGUAUAUUGUGUCUUCAUUUUCAUACAUCUCCAGGUAUUUUCUAAUUUCUCUUAUGAUUUUUUUUCUUUGAUCCAUUCAUUAUUUAGGAAUAUGUUGUUUAAUCUCUAUGUAUUUCCCUGAUUUCCCUCUGCUCUUGAUUUCUAAUUUGAUUCCAUUGUGUUCAGAGAACAUAUUUUGUAGUCCUUCUUACCUUUAUUGAAGUUUGUUUUAUGGUCUGAUAUAUCGUCUAUCCUGGACAAUGUUCUGUGUACAUCUGAGAAGAAUGUACUUUUAUACAUUGUACAUUUGUAUAUCAUACUUUUGCUGGAUAGAGUUUUUAUAGAGGAUUUUUAGGUCUAGUCAUUUUAUGGUGUUGUUUGAAUCUUCUAUUUCCUUGUUGACCUUCUACCUGGUUGUUCUAUACAUUGCUGAAAGUAGGGAUAUUGAAUUCUCCAACUAUUAUUUUUGAAUUGUCUGUUUUUCUCCUUCAUUUUUUUCAUUUUUCACUUCAUGUGUUUUGGCUCUUUUAUUAGGUGCAUAUACGUUUAUAAUUGUUAUAUCUUACUUACGGAUUCAGCUUUUCAUUGUUAUAAAAUGUCCCUCUUUAUUUCUAGUAACUUUUUUUUGUGUUCGAUUCUAUUUUGUCUGAUGCAGUGUAGACACCCUGGCUUUCUUUUGGUUGUUGUUUGCGUGCCAUAUCCUUAUCUUUGAAUAUAAAGUCUCUCUCCCAUAGACAGCACAUACUGUAGUUAUUUCUUGUUUUGCUUUGGUUUUUUAAUCCAAUCUGACCACCUCUGCAUCUUGAUUAGAUUGUUUAAUUGUUCACACUUAACAUUAUUACCCACUGUUAUUGUGAGAGAAAUUUCUUUUGUGUUUCUAAGUUCUAAGGCCCCUUUCAAAGUUAUGGCAUUUUUUUCUGCUUCUUUUGAGAACAAAUUCCUCUGGGGCUUACCUGAUGCAGAUACUGAACAAGCAAAGGAGAGAACAAAAGCUCAGGGACAAGCACAAGAGUGGGCUGCAUGAGGAGUGAAAGUUGGAAGGACAGACUCAGCCACACAUUUUUGGCUGAGAUACUAUUUAAGUACUUCCGGUUAGGAUUCUCUCAAGUUGGUUUUCUCUGCCCCAUGUCAUCCUCCUCUGUCUUAAUAGUUGAGAAUCUUGGAGGUGGGGAACUUGCAGUUACUCAUGUGUUCUUUAGUUAAAAUCUCUGUGAUCUAUCUUGUGAUAUUCCUUUCUAGUCACUAAGGGAGAAACCAGGGUCUUUGAUUUUACAUAGCUUUGAGAGGAGCUACAGCUUUAAAUUGGAAUGCUUUUCCAAAAUUUAAUAGCUGCCUGCCCUAAGGGGCAGAACUUCAUGAAGGAAUGAUUUCUAAAUUCUCAUUGAAGACAACUGAAAAUGGAUGCACCCUGGAUUCAGAGCAAGCACUGGAAGUGGCCCCCAGCCUCAGUUCUUCUCGGAUCUGAUGUUUAAUGGGGAAGAGAAAGGGUGAGAUGGAAGCUUUCCCUUGCCACUGAAAGGCCCGUCUCAUCCAGGGCCUGCAAGGAUGCUGAUUAAUCAUGAUGAGUGAGUGGGGUGGAAAUGCACGGCCCAUGGGCCAAGGCGACAAGCAAAGGUGGAACCAGUCCUGCCAGUGGAUUCAUUGGCAGAGCUUGGCCGGGAGGGCGCUCUUCUGGAGAAAAGAGAAGAGGGAAUGACAGAAAAAAAAAAAAAAAGGGCAGGAAGGCUCAGGAGUGAGAAAGCCAGCUGCCACCACACAUCCACAGGCACUUCACAGAAGUGCCACUGACCUCAUUCUAGAGUCUGAGUCUGACGGGCCCCUGGGAAUGAAUACCUCUCAAGUCCACACUUGGGGCCAUUCACAGAGUGGGCAGACACUCCCAUCAGUCACACAAGACCAGCACAUUGUUAGCCCAGAACUUUCUCCGAAGCAGAAGAGAAAGGCAAAUAUCUCUUUAAGGCACUUUGCUUCUCUGAGCUGGAGCUUUGUUUAAACUCUCCAGCCGGGAAGUUGCAGGAAGCUCGUUUGCUUUUUAGUAGCUUUAGCCAGAGGUUAAGGCACAGAUUGCUCUCAGGAGUAGAGGAGUCCUUAGUGGCUAUCUCUGCUCACACCAGAAGCUUCCUUUCUCUCUGUCCUCUUCCCUUCCUGCCUGCCCGGCAUCACUUCUGUCUUGCUUGGCCUCUUCCUGGUCAGCCGCCAUGUUGGCUGCCUGCGAGCGGCUCUGCUCAUCCCAUCUGCGUGUUGCAAGGGAGAAGAGGAAGCGUCACUCUCUCCCUUUCUUUUCAUCUCUUCUGAUGCCCAGUUGCUCUUCCCGGACCAGAAAUGGACUGCCCUACCCACUUAUUUGCUUUGUUUCUG